AUGGAGCUGCUCCUGGUGAUGCUGCUGGCGAUGCUGGACGUUCUGCAAACCCAGUUCGUUUCUUUAGAUUCACAAGUGCCUCUGCACAUCACGGUUCCCCAGAGGGUGCUCUCAAACACAACUGGAGAGAUGGACACGCAGUCCUACAUCCUCUCAGUGGAAGGGCGGCCGUACACCAUUCACCUCAAGCAGCAGUUCUUUUUACCUGCUGAUUUCAGCAUUUACACAUACAACGAGACAGGAUCGUUGCGCUCUGAUUCACCCUAUAUCAAGGGCGACUGCUACUACCGUGGCUACAUCGAGGGCAUUCCUGGCUCAGCAGUGACCCUCAGCACAUGCAUGGGGCUCAGGGGCCUGCUGCAAUUCCACAAUGCCAGCUAUGGGAUCGAGCCGCUGGGCUCCUCGCCCUCCUUCCAGCACGUGGUUUAUCCCGUGAGCACUGGGGCUGCAGUUGAGGCUCUGCUCCCACACGGCCACCUUGGGGUCAGCAGGGAUGCCCUGGCGGCUGACGGCAGCUCUGACACAGCACAACCAGCUCUGAAACUACUGUCAAGGCACCGCAGAGAGGUGUUGCUCCAUGUGGUUCUGGAAAGGAGUUUGUACAGGCACCUGGGGGACGACCAAUACAUCGUGUCACAGAAGGUGGUUCAGCUCAUCAGCUUCCUUGACAGCAUGUUCAGCUCCCUGAAUGUGACCGUGACGUUGUCCUCUAUGGAGGUCUGGAGGUUGAGGAACAAAAUUCAGACCACGGGGGCUGGAGAAGUGGUGCUGCUGCGCUUCUUGAAUUGGAAGAGGAGCAACGCAAUCCUGCGGCACUACGUAGUGCCCUACCUGCUGAUGUACCGGGACCAGGCUGACUUUGUGGGUGCGACCUCUCCGGGGAUGCUGUGCCGCAGAGAUGCAUCUGGUGCUGUGGCCGUGCUGCAGCGCGCCGUGACUCUGGAAUCAUUCUCCGUCGUCCUGGCGCAGCUGCUGGGGCGCAGCCUGGGCAUGGGGUUUGAUGAUGGCCGGGGCUGCCACUGCCCCACACACACCUGUGUCAUGGAAUGGAGAGCACUACGCAUCGGUGGGGCAAAGACCUUCAGCAGCUGCAGCGCUGCAGACCUGGAGCAGUUCCUAUGGCUAAACCCAGAGUGCCCCUUCCUCAGUGCCCUGCAGUUGCACCCCGACCCCAGAGCCGCCGUCUGCGGCAACGGCGUGGUGGAGCACGACGAGCAGUGCGACUGCGGUGGCGAUGUGGUGAGAGGGAUGGGGAAUGGUUGUGGGGCUGGGAUCCCUGCCCUGCUCCCUGACGGCAGGACGGGGGCAGCACUCAUCCUGCAGCGAGAGCAAAAGCUCAUAGUGUGCUUGCAGGCGUGUGCAGUGGAUGCGUGCUGCACUACGCAGUGCAAGCUGAAGCCCGGCUCGGAGUGUUCCUUGGGACUGUGCUGUGCAAAAUGCCAGUUCAAAGCUCCCAACACUCCGUGCCGUCCCUCCGCCGACGCUCAGUGCGAUCUGCCCGAGUUCUGCAACGGCUCCUCUGCCUCCUGCCCCCCUGAUGUCUACGUGCAGGACGGGCACAGCUGUGAGCACAGCACAGGCUACUGCUACCACGGGCGCUGCCAGUCUGCUGAGCUGCAGUGCCAGCAGUUCUAUGGGAGAGGUGCAAAAAACGCCCCUUUGGUGUGUUAUGAAGAAAUCAACAGUCAUCAGGAUAGGUUUGGGCACUGCGGCCAUCGGCUGCUGGAUGGCUACCAGCCCUGCUCCUGGCUGAAUCUGGGUUGUGGAAAGCUCAUCUGCACAUACCCAAAUCAAGUUCCCUUCACCAAAUUAAAGGGUGCCAUCAUUUAUGCUCAAGUGCGAGAACAUCUGUGCGUGUCUUUUGAUGUAAUGCAUGCACCCAGUGAGGCAGAUCCUCUCCUGGUUAAGGACGGCACAAAAUGUGGUCCUGGAAAGGUGUGCAUGAAUGGCACGUGCCACCCACACUCCAUUCUGAACUAUGACUGCAAUGCAGAGAAAAAAUGCCAUGGGCACGGGGUGUGCAAUAACAAGAAAAACUGCCACUGCCAGCCAGGCUGGAAUCCACCCCACUGCAGCACGCGGGGAUCUGCGCUGGGUGGCAGCACUGACAGCGGGCAGCGGCUGCGGGAAAUGGAGAGCCAUGCCCCGAAGGUCUCUCCGAAGGAUAGGCUGAAAAACGCGCUGCUGCUGAGCUUCUGCCUCCUCGUCCCCAUCCUCAUCUGCAUCGUCAUCCUGAUCAUGAAGUGGAGCCGGCUGAUGCGGCGCUGUGCCAGGAGUGAGAUGGAAGCUGCUGACUCCGCAGACGAGGCGACCAGCAGCAUCGGGAGCAACGAGAGCAGCGGGAGCAGCCGGAGCAGCCGUGCGGGGAUGGAGCCGGAGCCGGAGCGUGGCUCGGGGCAGCGCGCGGGGGAUUCACGCGAGCAAUAA